UGUAAGUAAGUUGUUUGUCCUUCGGUGCCUUAAUCUCAGCUAUCAUUGAAAACGAUAGGAUUUAGGUGUGCCCUCGAAAUCUUCAGCUAGAAAAGAAACAAGCAAGAAAAGCAACAUGGAUGCCGAUCAAGCAUUUCGAGCCCUGAGAUUCUGUCAAACCGCUUUCACUGGACUUAUGGGAGGGGCGGCUAUGUACAUCUCUCUGAUCGAACAUCCAGCUCGCAUGAGCAUCCAGGACACUGAAUCGGCGCAUAAGCAGUUUUCAAGCAGUUUUGACCUUGCUGCUCGCUACAUGGCUAUCGGUUCAAUAUUCCCAAUGGGUGGAGGGCUGCUUGCUUACUACAUAAACCCCAAAGAAGGCCUUCCGUGYGCCAUUGUUGCUGGUUUGUAYUUCGUCAACGUGCCUUACUCGUUCCUGUUCUUGAUCCCCAAUUACGUCAAGCCAAUUCAAGGUGAUUAUGACACCGUGUCGAAGAAAUAUUCCGAAAAACAGCUCAGGGAUACGAUUGAUUCGUGGGCCUUCUUCCACACACUCAGAACCGUUGUCGAUGUUAGUGGAUUUCUCUACGGCUUGUAUUGCUUGAUGUAUCACUGAAGAGAACGGUGGAACUUGGACUGCUUGGAAAGUGAACUGUGGAAUGUUAUGACUGAACUAUUAUACCGUUGUAUAGAAACAAUUUUUUGAUAUUCUUCGUUUUUAAUGUGGUGUCAAAGUGUGCAUUAUAUAUGUAAGAUAGGAAUCGAGUCCAGUAUAAUAAAAAUUAAAACCAUUA